CAUUCAGCCAGGCCGAGAAGCCCCGUUUGCUGUCUCUCCAGAAGACCAUCGUACCUUCUGGAUCUCUCCUUUCUGCCUGAGCAGAGAAUCUUCUGGAGGCCAGAAAGUAGCAUUAAGACCAGGAGACGCACACAACCUGUGGAAAGAUAUCUAAGCAGAGAAGUACAGAUUGUAAGGAGGAGGAAGAAGACAUCAGAGAAACCAACAGGUCCAACAUGGCUCUGCUAUGCUACAACAAAGGCUGCGGGGAGAAGUUUGACAAUGACAAGAACAAGGAUGAUUCCUGCCUCUUCCAUCCAGGAGUCCCUAUCUUCCACGAUGCCCUGAAGGGUUGGUCCUGCUGUAAGAAGAGGACGACAGACUUCUCAGAGUUUCUCUCCAUCAAGGGCUGCACCCGCGGACGCCACAGCAAUGUGAAGCCCCAGGAGCCACUGAGGCCCGAGGUGUCCUCAGAUAAGGGGGAGAUCAAACACACCAACGACCAUGAGAUCAUCUACCAGGGCCCCAAAUCUGCUGAGGCACUGCAGAAAGAGCGACCCAGCUCAGAUCAGCCCAUGACCAAGUUGCCCCACAAAGCGUCAGCGUCACUCAUUCAGGAGCUGGAGAAACUGGGACUCAGCAAGAGUGCAGAGAGCGAGAAGAAAGAGAACAUGAACAUAAUGCAUGGGACGUGCUGCAAGAACACAGGCUGCAAAACAGUCUAUCAAGGCCCCGAUACUGACAUGGAGGUCUGCACACACCAUACCGGAGCACCCGUCUUCCAUGAGGGGUACAAAUACUGGAGCUGCUGCUGCAUAAAGACAACAGACUUCAAUGCUUUCCUGGACCAGAAGGGCUGCGCCACGGGGAAACACCGCUGGGUUGCAAAGCAGGACAAGAAGAAGGUGGGAUGUCGACACGACUGGCACCAAACUGGAAACACUGUUGUGGUAACAAUUUACGCCAAGAACGCCAACCCUGAUUUCUGCAGCAUAGAAGCUAAUCAAACAGUGCUCUUAUGUCAAAUCCAGUUUGAGAACAAUAAAAUUUUCAAGAGAGAAUUCCACCUUUGGGGGGUGAUCAAUGUCAAACAGAGCUCAGUCAACAUGGUCCCAUCCAAAGUGGAGAUCACACUCCGCAAGUCCGACCAGGUGGCCUGGGGCAAACUGGAGGACCCAAACUACAAGCCAGAGCCGGAGCCUGUAGACGACGACUUCAAUGAAAUCCAAGAGUCCCACCAGCCUGACUGGGACAUUGCCGAUGAUGACAUCAGCGACUCGGACGAGGAGUGGGCCUACGACACGCCGCAGAAUAAGAAUGGUCAGAAUGUCAGUGAAGAGCAGAGGAAGAGAAGGGAAGAACUAGAGAUGCAGAACUUAAAAAGGAUGGAGGUGGAGAAAGAGAUGAAAAGAUUGAUAGAGAAGCAGAGGAAAAUAGACGAGGAGAAGAGGAAGCUAGAGGAGCAAAGAAGGGAGGAGGAACAGGAAGGAUAUGAAGACAUGCCGGAUCUGGAGGACCAAAAAGCUGAUGUGGAGUGAUGUAAAAAAACAAACAAAAAAAACACAAUUUUCUUUUUUUUAGCAACCAAAGCUAAAUAUUCUGAAUGUAACAAAGUUAAAGGAUACGUCUCUUUUUUCUGUAAUAACCUUAUAUUAGGCUGGAGGUAUUUUUGAAGAAUAUUAAUAACUUAACUCUUUUCUUUUGGUGGUAAAAAAUGAGCCUGCGGAAAUCUUUUUGUUUUAUGAUGCAACCUAAGCAUAAGAAAUAAACUUUUCUCUGUGUAAAGUUA